ACAAGUUGGGACAAAGCAGGAAUUCCAGGGCAAGGAGGAGAGAGGGGGGCAGGAGCUCCACACCAAGUACGGGGUUGAGUAGCUUGAAUGAAGGUAGCAUGCACGACGGAGGCAAGAAGAGGCCUGCAGAGAUGUUGCCAGCUGUGUGUAGUACUCGUGCUCCACUGCUACUUGUACUCUUCCUGUCCUUGGUGUACAUUCCGCUUGCUGAACCUGCCACAUACUACUUCUCCAGCUCACUUGGGAAAGAUUCUCGUUUGGAUGAAGAGGUGAUAGGGAGUGAGGGUAUGAGGACACCAUGGAAGACUUUGGCGAAGGCUAGUGAGAAAUUGAAGCUGGCCAAACCAGGGGACAAGUUCUUGUUCCGGGCCGGAGACUCCUGGAGCAGGGAGAAACUUGUCAUCCCCCCUCUGCCCGCCGGCUUGCAGCCGAUCACAAUCGGGGCCUACCAUCUGGAUGCCUCAAAAAACCCUUGGGAGAAGGAGGAGCUGCCGAUCUUUGAUGGCUCCUCAACUCUACUUGCGGGCAACUUUCGGUGGCAAGCGUGGGAAGCCGACUCCCAUGUCAUGGUAGCUAAUCUGAAGUCGGCGGUACCCGACAACUUCGUUGUGCAUCAUGUGUACAUUAACAAUAUCCUCUUCGUCCCUCCACGACAUCCAAACCUCCGAAACUACAAUGACACGGUGGCAAUUAGCCCAUCGGAACUCCUUGGUCCCUUCUUUGUCACCUCUUCAAAGCAAACCCCCGCAGGGACCUACAAGGGAGAUGUUAUUCGCAGCCCCAAGCUUGCGACCCUUAAUAAGCCGGAUGGGUAUUGGGUUGGUGCGAGGGCCGUAUUGCGCGACGGAGUGCACAACUGGCAACGUGUCAGCGUGAUCGGACAUAGUAAUGACACUCUGACACUCUCGAGUGCAGUCGCGGCCAGCCUUCCGAUCUACUUGUACUUGGAUGGCGUGCUCAGUGAGCUGGACUCACCCAGAGAAGCCUGGUACGAUAAUCAUGGCAAGAAUCUUUACGUGUUCCCAAUCCCUGGGCAGCCAAUCGAUCUAGUGUCCUUAGUUGCCUUGAGUGCCAACACGCCUGCGGUUGUCGAGAUCGCCAAGGGUGCAAAGAACCUGGUCAUCGAAAACAUCCGAUUUGAGAAGUCGAUCUUCGGGAUACGGUCAGGGAACUACGAGGUGCCGUCGGCCAACCAACCUCCGCCAUCUGUUGUGCCUUGGGCUGGUGUAUACGACGCGGGAACCGGGGAAGGGACUGCGACCUCCAUCGUGGACCUCAAAGCACAGUCAAUCAUUAUGGGUCCUAUGGACAGAAAUCCUUGGUUGAACUUAUCGCCAACAGGCGUGUACAAUGUGACCGUGCGCAAUUGCGUUUUCCUGCGAACUGAUUACGCUAUGACCUUUCACAAUGCCCUCCCCAAUAUUGUGGUCGAGAACAAUGACAUCGGAUGGUCUUUGGCGUAUGGCGUCUUAUCGGAGAUCGACCCCGCUCUCAGCAAAACCUGGUCCCCGAAAGACCCGCCAUUCGUGGUCGUAACGGGUAAUACGGUGCACCACAUUGGCUACAUGUCCGGAUUCGGAGACGGCGUCGGCAUCCAGGCUUCUAGAGUUGACAACAACAGUUUAUGGUCGAUAGGAUCGACGGCUAUCUUGGGCAAUCCGAUGGUUAAGAAUGUGAUCACGCAAAAUGUCAUCUUUGACUUUGGAUUGCAAUCAACGGGUUAUGGGGCCAUUGCCAAUGCGAAUCCUUUGGCGUCAGAUGGAGAAAAGCUUUAUGCACAUAACAUAAUUGUAAAUGGCAAAGGAAACUGGGGCUCCGUCGGUCUGCCAAUAGAGGAUGAGAUGGAGGAAGGCGGUGCGACGGCGAUCUAUCUGGGGUUCCAGUUGCGGGAUUUCUACAUAUUUAACAAUAGCCUGGUCAACGUCGUAGGUAGGGCCAUCGCUCACGACGGCAUGACGAACGGAACGGUGAAAGAUAACUUUGUCCUCAAUGACGUGGGAGAGGGGUUGUUUCUGGGUUUCAAGACGAACACAAGUUUGGGGGCUGUUCAAGGGAACACGCUAGCCACACGCGGAAAGAAGGUCCUCUUGACCCUCGGUUCUUCGCACUCCGGCAAUUUGAAAUCCUAUCGUGCCAUGGGUUACACGACGAAGGAAGUGUUUCAUGCUUUUGACAGAGGGCGGAACCUCUACUGCUCCUACGUCGAGGGGAUGACCAGUCCUGCUCCCGAUCAGCCGGUUUUCAGCAUCGAAAAGUAUGAGGGGUCUAUCUUACUCAUCAAUUUCACUAACUGGAGAUCAGAAACUGGGGAUACGGGGGGCUCCGUGUGCUCCGACAGCGAGCUUGCGCAGAUUGACAGCCAAUGGAGGGCCAUAGACGGGCUCUUGUCAAAGUAUAGGACCGAAAGUGUCGGGAGAGAACAACUACUACAUCGCCUCCUCUCCGCUUCACGCCCGUUUGGGUACCGAGAGGCUCUGGAUCCCAGUUGGGUCCCUCCUAAAACUGCUGGCCCCAUUGUGUAUAGGAAGGGGUCUUCUAUAACUGCUGAAGAUGCCACAAUCGCUUCAUCGGCUGCACCACCUUCGAUGAAAUGCUCACCUCUCGGCACCGUUGUGUCCUUGGUGCUGGCAUCAACAAUCGCCAGGUUGCUAGUAAGGUGAAUGGCGGCGGAACAAGUCCAUCGUUGGCGCAUUGUUCACCCCCCAGCCACUGAGCUCCUCAUCGUCAUCCUCUGCCUUUUUUCUUUGUUUGUAAUCCUCUUGCCUCCUCCUCCUCCCCUUCCUCCUCUCACUGCUGCUUCGUAGGGCUAAUGUCACCAAACUGCGUCAUCAAGGUUCAAUCUUUUUCACCCUGGGGGUUCUUUCGCGGGGAAAAAAAGGGUAAGAGAAGACAAAGGUGUGAGCCUUCAUGGUCGAUCAUCAUCAAGGAGAAGACCAUUGUUGUGUUUCUUGACUAUGGACUGGUUUGUUCACACAACGAUCAAUCAAUGGAGGGGUUGAUUGAUUCAUGUUGACGUCAACCACCCAUUCGACAGCCAGAUUGAAUGCAGUCGAUCCAUGGACUGACGGUUCAGUCAAUGGUUGAUUGAUUUCACUUGCGGAUUAUUUCUCAAGUGUGGAGAAGUGAGGCUGUGGGAGAGACGCAAGAGAAGGGACAACAAUGAGAUGAUUCAGAGCAGCGAGGAGGUAGAUUGUGAUGGAAAGUAGAGGGAGAGCGAUGAGGUAAGGGGAGAAGAGGAGGCCCUGAGGGACCAAACGUAUGUGAGCUAUCAGUGAGAGGUCUGCUUGUGCAUGAUGCAUAGACGGAGGGGACCUUCUCCAUCAAGGCCCUAUGUGGCAUGUGCGAGUCGUUAGUCCACAAGAGUCUGACUUGAGCUUGAGAAGCGGCAAGUGGACACUCUUCCCCGAAUCCGGUGAAUCGUUGCAGUGGUCGUCAAGUUCCCUUUUUUUUUUCCUGGCUGUAAGUCUGGCAACUAAUGCUAAAGCUGUGUCGCUGCAUUCAAAUU